AUGGAUCUCGCCUUCUUCUUCUUUUCCUUGCUCUUGCUUCUCAGUUCGAUCUUGUUCCUUGUAACUUGUCUGAAACCGGUAAUUAGAAGAAGCUUCAGAAGCAAAAAACAAAAGCUACCACCAGGGCCAUGGAGGCUUCCGAUCAUCGGAAGCGCCCACCACGUCGGUGGCGCCGGUCCCCUACUCCACCGGCGAUUAAGAGAAUUGUCGGAGAAACAUGGGCCGUUAAUGCACCUUCAGCUGGGAGAAAUCUCAAUGGUGGUGGUGUCAUCUGCAGAAACAGCUAAAGAAGUUAUGAAAACGAAGGAUCAUAUAUUUGGGCAACGGCCAUUUCUUCCUGGUACUGAUAUUGUUCUUUAUGGUCCCAGUAGCAUCGUCUUGUCCCCCACUGGAGAUUACUGGAAACUCCUCAGAAAGAUUUUAUCUCAGCAUCUGUUAAACGCGACGCGUGUGAGAUCAUUCCAAUCACUGAGGCAAGAGGAAGUGUCAAGUCUGAUGAAACGCUUAUCGGAAGAAGCUGGUUCUGCUGUGAAUCUCAGUGAGAGAAUAUUUGCGACGGCGUGCAGGAUUGCUUCGAGGGCGGCCUUCGGCGAGAUGCACGGCGGCUCCCAGGAAGAAGCAAUUAUGUGGGCCUGUACUGCGGUUCUCUCCUUGCCGCAAGAUAUCUCCGAUCUGUUUCCUUCCCGGAAGUGGCUGCAGGUGGCCACCGGUGCAAGACGGAAGCAUGAGGAGCUGCGUCGGAAAGUCGAUGUGGUUCUGGAAAACAUCAUCGCCAAUCAUGUCGGCGGUGAAAUUGGAUCAGAAGAAUGUUUACUCACUGUUCUGCUGAAUUUGAAGCGUCAUGGUGAUUUGACCAUAGACAACGUUAAAGCCGUCAUCUUGGAUGUGAUACUAGCAGCAUUUGAGCCAGCAUCUAAAAUGGUGGAAUGGGCUAUGACAGAAAUGGCGAGAAAGCCAACAAUAAUGAAAAAAGCACAAGGAGAAGUGAGACAAGUCUUCAAUAAAAAAGGUUGUAUUGAUGAAAUAGCUUUAGAAGAACUAGAAUAUCUGAAGUUAGUGAUCAAAGAAACUAUUAGAGUAUACGCUCCAGCUCCUAUUCUGGCUCCAAGAGAAUGCACACAAACAUGUGAGAUCAAUGGCUACACAAUACCAGAGGGAACCCAAGUUCUCGUGAAUGCUUGGGCCAUUGCAAGAGACCCCAAGUAUUGGACUUCGUCAUCCUCAUCUGAUGCAGAAGAGUUCAUUCCUGAGAGAUUCAUAAACAGUUCUGUUGAUUACAGAGGAUCUGACUUUGAGUACACUCCAUUUGGUGCAGGGAAGAGAGUGUGCCCCGGGAUGUUGUUUGGUCCUGCCAUUACAGAGAUUCUUCUGGCAAACUUGUUGUGUUAUUUUGAUUGGGAUCUUCCUGCUGGGAUCACUCCAGAAACACUAGACAUGGAUGAAGUUUUUCUGGGCUCAACCUUGAGAAAGAAAAGCCAUCUCAUCCUAGUUCCCACUCCUUGUAGUAAUCUUAGAUCGUGCAAUUAGUUGAAUCAAACCUGACAUUAAACUGGCUUAGAUAUUGGUCCGAUACUAUAUUUAGUGGGAUCUGCAUGUAGGUUUUAAUUAAAUUAAUAUAACUCGGAGAAGUUUGUUACAUUUUGAUAAUUAAUACCGUUGGCCUGAAAUGAAGUUAUAUGUAUUAAUGUGUUUAUGCAAGUACUGAAUAUCAAGUUGAUUUUUAGUUCAGUUAAAAAAAAAAACACAUGAUCAUAUUAUAUUGCAUCC